UUGUCUUCACACUUCAGAUAAUUACCAAUUAAAAUAAAUGAAUAUAAUUAGAUUCCUUUUUCACAAUGAAAGAAACCGUAAUAAUAAAAGACUCACUGAACCCAAAGGAAGACGAGGCUGCGUCUCUAUUCUGAAGAAGAAGAAGAAGAAACGAUCAAUUGGUCGCUAAAAUGGCUUCGAAGCUAACAACAUGUUUUAUUUGCUGGAAUCUGAAUAGCAACAACGGCUUCAACUGUAAUAAUAACAAUACUCGCGUAAUGCACUCUCCUUUUCAACCUUAUUGCAAAAUGCGACACCGUAUUCCCAGUUCUCGCCACAAAAGACAAUAUAUCAAGAAAGCAUCACACCCUUCCAUUGAUGGAGCUCUCAAUCAAAAUCAAAACUCUGAUGAUGAUUCUCUCCACAAUUUCAACCCUCCAAUUCUACUGCCUCUUAAUAAUAAUUCCACACCAUCGGCCUUGAACGUAAACGGAGCAGAGCGGGCUGAACAGUUGUCUGGCAGUCAACUCGACCAUUUGUUAGCCAUGAUAAAAAAUGCAGAGAAAAAUAUCCUUCUUCUGAAUCAAGCUAGAGUUCAUGCACUUGAAGACCUUGAAAAGAUUCUUGCCGAAAAGGAAGCCUUACAAGGAGAAAUUAAUGUCUUAGCGAUGAGAUUGGCCGAGUCUGAUGUGCGGAUUGAAGUUGCGGCCCAGGAAAAGACACGUGUUGAACUCUUGGAGGGUGAGUUGGAGAAACUGCGUAGUGAAUUGGCGCAAAAGGGCAGUAUUGAAGGAAGAGAUGCUGAAUUGCAUGAACUUCAAAAUGGAGUAUUUAGUGAUGCAAUUACAAACAAUCUAAGUCAUAAUGAUAAGAUCCAUUCCCUUACCGAGGAGCUAAAUUCAAUUAGAGAAGAAAAUGCCACUUUGAAGAAUGCCAUAGAAUCAUUUAAAGCACAGCUCAAUGAUGUUGCAAACAAUGAUGAACGUUUAGCGGUAUUGGAAAAAGAACGCUUAUCUUUGCGAUCAGCCCUAAAAGACAUGGAAUCAAAACUGUCAAUAUUUCCAGAAGAUGUAUCUGAACUGUCUACACUUAGAGUUGAAUGCAAGGAUUUGUCUGAUAAGGUUGAAAAUUUGCAAUUGCUGCUAGACAAAGCAACCAAACAAGACAGCCAAGCUGUUACAGUGCUGCAACAAAACCAGGAUCUUCAAAGGAAGGUUGAUAAAUUGGAAGCAUCCCUCGAAGAAGCUAACAUCUAUAAGCUGUCAUCUGAUAAAUUGCAAAAAUCUAAUGAACUAAUGCAACAAAAGAUAAAACUAUUGGAGAGCCAGCUACAAAAAUCAGAUGAAGAUAUAAACUCUUACGUUCAGUUGUAUCAGCAGUCAGUGAAGGAAUUUCAAGAUACACUCGAUCUUCUGAAAAAAGAAAGCAAGAGAAGGGCGCCGGAUGAACCAGUGGAAGAUAUGCCGUGGGAAUUCUGGAGUCGGUUGUUGCUUCUAAUUGAUGGUUGGGCACUUGAAAAGAAGAUAUCAGUAGAUGAUGCAAAGCUUUUGAGAGAAAAGGUCUGGAAGAGAGACAAGAGUGUUAGUGAUGUAUAUAUGGCUUACAAAGAAAAGACCGAACAUGAGGCUAUAUCUGCAUUUCUUGGGCUUACAUCAUCUGCAACAAGUCCAGGAUUGUACGUGAUUCAUAUUGCAGCAGAGAUGGCACCAGUAGCUAAGGUUGGUGGCUUGGGGGAUGUUAUCAGUGGUCUAAGUAAAGCAUUGCAAAAGAAAGGACACCUUGUUGAAAUUAUACUUCCCAAAUAUGACUGUAUGCAAUAUGACCGCAUUGGUGACUUAAGAGCUUUGGAUGUGGUGAUAGAGUCAUACUUUGAUGGUCAAUUAUUCAAAAAUAAAAUCUGGGUUGGCACUGUUGAAGGCCUUCCUGUUUAUUUCAUUGAGCCUCAUCAUCCUGGUAAGUUCUUUUGGAGAGGAGAUUAUUAUGGCGCGCAUGACGACUUCAGAAGAUUUUCAUAUUUUAGCCGUGCAGCUCUUGAGUUUCUUCUUCAAGCUGGCAAGAAGCCAGAUAUCAUCCAUUGCCAUGAUUGGCAGACAGCAUUUAUUGCUCCUCUAUAUUGGGAUGUAUAUGCCCCAAAAGGAUUAAAUUCAGCUAGGAUAUGUUUUACAUGCCACAACUUUGAGUAUCAAGGGACUGCAGGAGCUUCAGAGUUGGAAGCAUGUGGUCUUGAUAGCCACCAGCUAAACAGACCAGAUAGAAUGCAGGACAACUCAGCACAUAACAGAGUCAAUUCUGUCAAGGGUGCAGUUGUUUACUCAAACAUUGUAACAACAGUGUCCCCCACUUAUGCUCAAGAAGUGAGAACUGCAGAGGGAGGUAAAGGCCUCCAUUCAACUCUCUCUACCCACUCCAAAAAGUUCAUCGGUAUUCUUAAUGGUAUUGACACUGAUAUAUGGAAUCCUGCCACUGAUCCAUUUCUUCAAGUCCAGUACAAUGCAAAUGAUCUUCAAGGGAAAUCAGAGAAUAAGGAAGCCUUGAGAAGGAAUCUAGGUCUUUCUUCUGCAGACGUUAGGAGGCCAUUGGUUGGCUGCAUUACAAGAUUGGUUCCACAAAAAGGUGUUCAUCUUAUCCGACAUGCAAUAUAUCUAACAUUGGAACUGGGAGGACAAUUUGUUCUACUUGGUUCAAGUCCAGUCCCUCAUAUUCAGAGAGAAUUUGAGGGCAUUGCCAACCACUUUCAGAAUCACGACCACAUAAGGUUGAUAUUGAAGUAUGAUGAGUCUCUCUCCCAUGCUAUUUAUGCUGCAUCUGACAUGUUCAUCAUUCCAUCAAUCUUUGAACCUUGUGGCCUAACACAGAUGAUAUCAAUGAGAUAUGGUGCCAUACCUAUUGCCAGAAAAACCGGUGGCCUAAAUGACAGUGUUUUUGACGUUGAUGAUGAUACAAUACCUUCACAGUUUCGAAAUGGAUUUACAUUCUUGAAUGCCGAUGAGAAGGGAAUAAACGAUGCCUUAGUACGUGCAAUUAAUCUCUUCACAAACGAUCCUAAGAGUUGGAAGCAACUUGUUCAGAAGGACAUGAACAUAGAUUUCAGCUGGGAUUCUUCAGCAGCACAAUAUGAGGAGCUCUACUCAAAGUCUGUGACUAGAGGAAGGGCAACAAAACGUGCUUAAUUUAGCAAAAGGAGGCUUUUCUGUGCUAUCCGUUCAAUUUUGUCAGUUUCCUAAACAGAGAUGGGAGAUCAGAUUUAAUGCUCAAUGAGGAGGAUUUAUCUGAACAUGCCUGUCAUGCAAAAACAUCUCAAAUUGAGAAUGAAUAUAAAGAAUAAUAAUAUGAAUGCAACAUGGUUACUGAAACUAUGCUGCUAGCUAGAUUAGUUUCCGUGAAGCAACCGUUCUCAUGCAUUGAUGGAUUCUAUAUCUAGGUGAUAUUUGAACUUCACUAUACCUCACAGGAUUGUGUAAUUAUUUCCCCCUUUUCUUCGUUAUUUAAUUAGUUUGCCAACAGUGUAUAAAGGUCACACAUGUAAAAGCGUUACAGGCUUUCAUCUUAGUUUUCUACUAAAAAGAAUGUAGAAUGUAAUCAAAUGUCAAGCAAAAUAAAAAUUGUUCACUGCCUGUAAACUUUUUAUCUUUUA